CGAAUCAUGGCAGCUAAGCUCCUACUGCUCUCCGCUAUAUGCCGUUUGAUAGUGAUCGUUGGAUUAACACUACACCCUACCGACAUCCUUCUCGUCGGAACGGAAAAUCAAUUAAGCUUCAACCGGUCGGAUAUCCAGUCAGCUUCUCUCGAUUUCGGAAGAAUGAAGACCGUGGAGCCGAUGGCUGUUCUCCACCCAGCCUCCGCCAGCGACGUCUCAAACCUUGUAAAAUUAGCCUUCGAAUCGGCUCACGGAUUCGCCGUAUCCGCGAGAGGCCACGGGCAUUCAAUCAACGGUCAAUCUCAGGCCGCCAAUGGAGUGGUGAUUCAAAUGAGCGGAUCGAGAGGACGGUGGUCGCCGGAGGUUUCCGAGAAGUUGAUGUAUGUAGACGUGUGGGGCGGAGAGCUUUGGAUCGAUGUGCUCAAGUCCACGCUACAAUAUGGACUGGCACCAAAAUCGUGGACUGACUACUUGUACCUUUCUGUUGGUGGUACACUUUCUAAUGCAGGAAUCAGUGGCCAAGCUUUCAACCAUGGCCCUCAGAUUAGCAAUGUUCAUGAGGUCGAGGUCGUCACCGGAAAGGGGGAGGUGGUGACGUGCGCAGAGGAUAAAAACUCGGAGUUGUUUCAUGCGGUUAUGGGAGGUUUAGGGCAAUUUGGGAUCAUCACAAGGGCUAGAAUCGCAUUGGAACCUGCCCCUCAAAGGGUGAGAUGGAUUCGGGUACUGUAUUCAAGCUUUUCGGGUUUUACCCAUGAUCAAGAGUAUCUCAUAUCUCUCCAUGGCCAACCAAAGUUUGACUACGUGGAGGGUUUUGUGAUAGUGGAUGAAGGUCUCAUUAACAACUGGAGAUCCUCCUUUUUCUCCCCCAGUAAUCCAAUUAAAAUCUCUUCCAUUAAUGCUGGUGGUGGCAAUGUGUUAUACUGCUUGGAGAUCACCAAGAAUUACUACCAACACUCCGGCCCAGAAUCCAUCGAUCAGGAAGUGGAAGCUUUGUUACAGAAAUUAAACUAUAUACCAGGAUCAGUCUUCACCACUGACCUUCCAUAUGUGGAUUUCUUGGACCGGGUUCACAAGGCCGAGUUGAAACUCCGGUCUAAGGGUUUAUGGGAUGUUCCACACCCAUGGCUUAACCUCUUUGUACCCAAAUCAAGAAUUGCUGACUUUGACCAAGGAGUCUUCAAGGGCAUUUUGGGUAAUAAGACUAGUGGCCCUAUACUCAUCUACCCCAUGAACAAAAACAAGUGGGAUGACAAGACUUCAGUGGUGACGCCAAAUGAGGAUGUGUUUUACUUGGUGGCGUUGCUUAGGUCUGCAUUGGAGAAUGGUGAAGAAGCACUCACAUUAGAGCGUUUAAGCGAUGAGAAUCGUCGGAUUUUGAAUUUCUGCAAUGAAAAUAAUAUCGGUGUUAAACAGUAUUUGCCACACCAUACUACACAACAAGAGUGGAUGGACCACUAUGGAGAAAAAUGGCCCCAAUUCUAUAAGAGGAAAAUGGAGUUUGACCCUCGUCAUAUAUUAGCUACCGGUCAAAAGAUAUUUGAGCCUAGUUUCACUUCUAUGACAAGGUCGUGGUGAUGAUGGUUGCAAUAACAACAAUGGCUAAAAAUUGCAGAGAAGUUAAAGAUCUUUGUAUAAGUCACAAAAUAUACUGACCUCGUUAGACAUAUUACUGUACAUAAGAACAAACGUUAUCAUAGAUCAAAACUAAUCAUUUUUUUUAUAUUCUUCUAUAUAUUUUUAGUCGAUUUCGAUUUUUGUCACCACAUGUGAGCUAAAAUUGACGACUCCUUUUUGAAUCAUUGGUCGACCUACAUAUAAGUCAAAGUAUAUGCACAUGUAUACCCAAUCUUUUUUGGGGUAACGUGAAAGAAACAAAAAAUAAGCAUCGUUUAGUGUGGACAU